AUGUCAAAAAAUGUUAAAGAUACUGAAAUGGAAUUUAAAAAUAAUUUUUUUAUCCGUUCUAUUACUCCAGAAGAUAAAAACUCUGUACUAACAAUUUUAUUAGAAGAAUUUUUAAUAACUGAGCCAAUGAAUUGUGCAACUGGAAUAACAAAAGACCAAAUAAACAAAAUUUUUCAACAUUUAAUUAACAAUAACUUUGUUAUGCAUAAUUCUUUUGGUGCAUAUACUAAAGAUGGGCAAUUAGUAGGAAUAAGACUAGUAGAUUUAACAAAAAGAGAAGAUAGUGAAUACAAUACAAUAAAUAAAAUGACAGAAAAUUGUGUAAAUGAAGAAAUUGUUAAUUUACCACCAGAUAUUCUUAUUACAAGAAUAUUAAAUGAAGCAAAAGUUGAUAUAUGGAAAGAAAUACCAAUGAAUAUAAAUACUUUAGUAAGAACGGAAAUUGUAUGUGUUGCAAAAAAUUGGCAAAGACGAGGAAUAGCUAAAAGAUUAGAACUUGAAGGAAAUAAAAUACUAAAAAAUAAGUUUCCUGAAUUACAAGGAGUCAUUGCAGAAGCUACAAGUGUAGCAAAUCAAACUCUUUUAAAAAAAGAAGGUUAUCAAACUUAUCGAAAAACUUAUUUUAAACAAUUCAAUAUACCAUGUGGAUAUGAUGGCUCAGACCACAUUGAAACAAUGAUUAAAUUGUUUUAA